CAGGGCGAAGUGGGGCCAAAAAAGCCAAGGAGCUAGCGAGGAGGCUGAGGUGCACAGAGGAGCCACAGCUUUCAACUCCCCCCAACUUCCUUUUCUCCCUGCAGAAGCGAGAGGACCAACUCAAGACGCAGCGAGGACGUAGCUGCCGCAGCUGUUCAGGCCAGGAGAAUCCCGCCUGAGGACAUGGAUCCACACGGGGUCCUUUUCUUCUGCCUGUACCUUUUGGCUGCUCAAGCUGUCCUAGUAGAAACCCUGUCAGAGCUACUGUCCCUGAUGAGGAACCUGGAGCAGCCUCAGCCCCUAGGCCGGGGAUUGUCUUCCAGAGUGAGGCAUAUCCACCUCCUGGAGCAGACACUGCUCAAUGCCAGCUUCCGUGGGCACAACUUGACCUUGCAGACAAAAUCCAUCCAGUCUCUGGUCUUCAAGCUGAGCUGCGACUUCCCUGGUCUCUCCCUGUCCAGCGCCACACUGACGAAUGUCUCACAGGCGUGGGCCCCGCAUGCCAUGCAGUUCCCUGCCGAGCUGACCAAGGGUGCCUGCGUGACCUCCCAGCCUGCGGAGCUUCGACUCAUCUGUAUCUAUUUCUUCACUGCACACCUCUUUCAGGAUGACAGGAACUCAUCUCUGCUCAACAACUACGUCCUGGGGGCCCAGCUGGGCCGCAGGCCUGUGAACAAACUUCAGAAGCCAGUCAACAUCAGCUUCUGGCACAAUCGGAGUCUGGAAGGGUAUACAGUAACCUGCGUCUUCUGGAAGGAGAACAUCAGCAGGCAGAGCUGGGGGGCCUGGAGCCCCGAGGGCUGUUACACAGAGCAGCCCACACCCACUCAGGUUCUCUGCCACUGCAACCACCUCACCUACUUCGCUGUACUCAUGCAGUUCUCUGGAGAGCCGGUGCCCGCCGAGCUGCAGGUGCCUCUUGAGUAUAUCUCCCUUGUGGGUUGCAGCAUCUCCAUUGCAGCCUCGCUGUUCACCAUACUGCUGUAUGCUCACUCCAGGAAGCAACGUGACUCCACCACACGCAUCCACAUGAACCUGCAGGGCUCUGUUCUGCUCCUGAAUGCCACCUUCCUUCUGAGCUCCCGGAUGGCCCCGCCCACAGUGUCCAGGCCGGUCUGCACGGUGCUGGCUGCCGCCCUGCACUACGCUCUGCUCAGCAGCCUCACCUGGAUGGCCAUCGAAGGCUUCAACCUCUACCUUCUCCUGGGGCAUGUCUACAACGUCUACAUCCGCCGAUACUUGCUCAAGCUCUGCGGGCUGGGCUGGGGGUUUCCAGCUCUCCUAGUGCUGCUGCUUCUGGUGGUCAAGAGCUCAGUGUAUGGACCCUGUGUGAUCUCGUUCUCCAAAAGCCAGGAAAAUGGCACAGGCUUCCAGAAUGUGUCCAUGUGCUGGGUCUGCAGCCCCACGGUACACAGCAUCCUGGUCAUGGGCUAUGGUGGCUUCACAUCUCUGUUCAACCUGGUGGUGCUGGUCUGGGCUCUGUGGCUCUUGUGCAGGCUACGGGCACAGGAGAAGGUGCUGAGUCCCUGGGCCUACAGGGACACUGUCACGGUGCUGGGCCUCACUGUGCUACUGGGUACCACCUGGGCCCUGGCCUUUUUCUCCUUCAGCGUGUUCCUGCUGCCUCAGCUCUUCCUCUUCACCAUCUUUAACUCGCUCUAUGGUUUCUUCCUCUUCCUCUGGUUCUGCUCACAGAAGCGUCACUCAGAUGCUGAAGCCAAGGCCAGGAUGGAGGCAGCCAGCUCCUCCCAGACGACGCACUAGGCCAGCUCCCGCCCUGCAGCCUCAGCCCUCACUCCUUUCCGCAGCCCAUGGCCUGGGCUCAUCCAGCGAAGGUGGUAGGCUGGCGGCGGGACCACAGAGUCUACUGUCCCCUUCAGGGGUCCUUUCCAUCUCUCAGAAUUACCUGGGGCAGACGGCAGCGUGUGACUCUUCAUCCUGGUCCUUCGUGUCUGGAGGCAGCUCCAUUGGCCAGACACUGGCUUGGAAGCGACACUAGACGGGACCACAUCUCACACCCUGCUCAGCACUUACAGAAACUUACAGAAUUUUGGCCUAAGCUUGGGGCCACUCUUUCUUUUACCAGUCCCAGGUGUUGAUGAUUUAAAUCUUCUACCUUUCCAACAGUCAGGAAAUCCAGCCCUUCCUCCUUCUAACCCCAACAGAUGGUAUAGACCAGCAGCCAUGGCCAGGCCUCUGUCUCUUUACCUAAAGCUGAGUCAGUUGGGCUUGAGGGCUCUAGAUGCUAGACUAUUGCGUAGACUUGGGGGCGUGUUUUCAACAUUUACAAACUCUCUGCCCACCGUGGGAGAACAUCUACAUCUGCGCAGUCUGUCAGACUGGGUGGGAAUAAAGCCAGGUGCUUAUUAAGUCAGUGCUAUCCCCAGGAUGGACAGCAGGGGGCGCUGCUGCCCCAUACGCCAAGGCAUCGGUGCCAAAACUGCCCCUGGAAAUGCAGAUGUUACCCUGUCUGAGGACGACCCUCAGGCUAGUGGGGACCUGCAGCACCAAUGCCUUUCACACAUCCAUUGUCUCUGUCCCUAUGCAGCGGACCAAGGUUGCUUUUGGGACUUCGGGAUGGGUUUUAUACCCAAGCAUUUCUGAUGCCGGGGCCGCUGGUUGAGUAGAUUUUCAAGUCCCAUGCCAGCCGUUAGACACAUGCACUUGAACAGUAAGGACAUCAGAGCUGGGCACCAUCCUCCGCAGAGGGUCCUCUUCCUUUCUGGGUGUUUCUGGGUAAUUAUGUUCUUAGCUCUUCACUGGCUGAAGAGCGGACCGGCUAUGGGCCAGGUUGCCUGGGCUCAGAUUCCAGCUCUGUGGCUGUGGGCAAGUCGUUCAGUCUCUCUGUGCCUUAGUCUCCCUAUCUACAGCAGUGACAACAGUAGUAACUCUUUGGAAGAUUCAGUAAAAGAAGUAAUCCACUCAAGUUUUACCAUGGUGAGGUCUCAAUAGAUGGCUACUGCUGUCAGUAGGUUUGAUUUGUAUUCGUAUUUGUGUGUGUGUGUGUGGUGUAUAUGCACCUACGCACCCUUGCAUAUGUAUACUGAAGCCAGAGCAGGAUGCUGGGUGUCCUGUUCUAUGACUUUUUGUCUUAUUCCCUCAAGACAAGGUUUCAUACCAAAAACAGAGCCAGGCUGACAGCCAGCAAUUACCCUGUAACUGGAGUCUACUUUCGCCACCUGCACAACACCCCCCCCCACAGCCCCACACACCACCGGUGCUAGAAUUACAUAGGUGCUGGGGUCUGAGCUCAGGGCCCCAUGUUUGUGCACAAAAGCCUUUAUGUAUCAACCAUCAUCCGUUAUUGUUAUAACCCCCGUUAUUGUUAACGGCUUUAACUGAGGCAGGCUGUUCAGGUGCUGUUGACCCCAUUAGCUCCUCCUUAGGCAUAUAUCCUUCCUUAGGCAUAUAUCCCUCCUUAGGCAUAUAUCUCUCCUUAGGCAUAUAUCCCUCCUUAGGCAUAUAUCCCUCCUUAGGCAUAUAUCCUUCCUUAGGCAUAUAUCCCUCCUUAGGCAUAUAUCCCUCCUUAGGCAUAUAUCCCUCCUUAGGCAUAUAUCCCUCCUUAGGCAUAUAUCCCUCCUUAGGCAUAUAUCCUUCCUUAGGCAUAUAUCCCUCCUUAGGCAUAUAUCCUUCCUUAGGCAUAUAUCCUUCCAUUCCUGUUCUAUGGCCUCCUCUCCUCCCCCUUUUUAUGGAGAAGGACCUUGCUCAGCCCUUCUGGUGCCUACUGUGCCAGUGAUGUUCCUUACACAGUGUAGCUUCAGGCUAGCCCACGUCUCCCCUCCUCCUCACCCCCCCCUCAGUUCCCAAGUCCUCCAUUGGUCCAUUUAUCACACCCUUCAUGAAUCCUCCCCAACUUGUACCACCAUGAAGGCUGUUGUUGCUUGGUUUCCAACCCAAUUACCCGGUUAAAGAAAACUCAAUCAGUAACAAUACAAGCUACAAGCCUAGACUGGGCAGAUCGCCCACUACACUGCUCUAUUCCCAUCUAUAUCAUCCCAUAUAACUUGCGGUUUCUCCAGGCUCCAGUUUCUGCAGCCUCUCCGUUGAUCUCCCGUAGCUCCUCCCCCUCCUGUUUAUCCCUCUUGCUCCUCCCCUAGACUCUCAGCUCCUCCCCUCCUCCUGCCCAAUCAUUGGCUCAAGCCUUUAUUUGAAAAGUUAAGGUGGGGAGAAGGUUCACAAGGCAACUCCUCAUCUGCAGCCCCUCCCAGGAGUGGAAUUAGCAUCAAAAUACAAGCCCAGGGCUGUCCACAGCAGAAGGCCUCACUUCCCACUCUGGUUCCAGGCAGCGUCCUCCACCCACGGUUAUUCCCCCUCGGAGAUCCAUGCUAAUGAGGGUACUGAGGGAUCAUGGGAAGUGGGACACCUGGGAAGGUAGGGAAGGCUCAGGGAUAACAGGGCCUUGCUCAAGCCCAGGGCCUGGCCUCUCAAAGCAAGUAAGGCCAGAGCUGCCCAAUGGAGGACAUCGCCAUAGCGACAGUCUGUGGCUCCGAGCCCCACUGGGGAUCCAGGCUCUGGGGUAGCACUUCAUGGAAAUACUCCGUGGGGGUGAGGAGUUGGGGCAGCCAAGAGAGAUAUGGGCUGUCAGGUUAGCUCCUUCAGUUUUCCUCACAGACUCAGCCUAGGUAGAAGUCCAGCUCCGGGGUUCCUAGCCUGGGAGGAAGGGAGAAAGGUCGGGGAUACUGCUCAGAGAAAGGCUCUGAGGGGGGCAUUUGGUGAAAAUCUGGCAGUAGAUGUGGGGUCAGGAAGGCUCUGGAGUCUCUCUAGGUGUGGGUGACCGUAGGCAUGGGGUCAGGAAGGCCCUGGGGUCUGUUCAAAAGAGAAUUCCAGAUAAUGCAAAGGAAUUUCACUUUUGAAGACAUGCUUACUCUAAAAAGUUACUCGGUUAUCUAAAAUUCAAAUUCAGCCUCGUGUCCCAUAUAUCUAUUUUUAUGUUUGCUAAAUCCAACCCUAAUUAAAAAGUAUUGGCUCAGUAAGAGUCUCAUCUUUCAAAUCACCCCAACCGAUACCAACUGAGCAGCCCCUCGGCCCGUCAAAUCAGCCCACUCUCUCGGCCCACUCAGAAUGUUUUUCCUAGUGCCAGCCAAAACUCCGAGGGGCCCCACUGUGUCAUCCAUCAGUCCUGGCUCAGAACCUGCCCCGCUCUGGACAGAGCCUCCUUACAGGCCUCUUGGUCUCCCCAGAGGCCGGAGGGAAGCUCUUCCCUGCUGUCUCAGCAUGUUCUGUCCAUAGCUUAAAGCAUCCCACAUCCUCCUCCUCCUCCUCCCUCUCCCCCCUCCUCUUCUUCCUCCUCCUCCUCCUCACUGCCAAACUACCAGUGGAUCUUGGGUGCAUAGGGGGCCUGACCUGUGACCUCUCUCUAGCCCAGUUCCCCUUCCUCCAUCUUGCCACACCAAACAACUUUUAUUUCUCCAGAUAGCCUGCUUCUCAUCUCUGGACUGGUCUUUUUCUAGAACCUCCCACCCACUGUCCAUGAUGCCUCUUAUUUGUGGAAUGAUGGCUACACAUCUUUAGCAUCUUAGCCUCUCAGCUUGGUGCAUCCCUAAGCCCGACCAGCCUGGACAGAGAAGUCCCUGACCUCCAGUAUGAAUGAGCCUUCCAUUCCACUCCCUUCCCCCACAGCAGAAGUUAUUUCUCCCGUCUUGCAACUGACUGUCCCUGUCUGUCUCAACCGCCAGACGGCGAGCGUUCUGGAGACAGGUGCUGUGUCUCAUUUGCUCAUUCAUCUAUCAUAUAAUGGUUUAACACUUAUAUUUUGGGCCUCGCACUAGUUGCUAAGGAUAUAUAAAUGAACAAGUCAUCACA